AUGGCCAGCAGCACGUGUCUGUCUAGAGACGAGUUCUAUGCCACUCUCGCCGCGCAGAGUCGACCUAGCCAUCGCCCUUCUUGGUAUUUGUCGGCCGUCGCGUGUCUCGCUGCGCUUAACUAUCCCGAAGAAGUUGCUGCACUUUACACGAUCCUCUUCGAGUCUUAUAUUCCCCAAGGUGAACGCAUGCACCAAACCAGGCUGAUCCGAGAGGUGUUGACCUGCCUGGUGGGGAUCAUUGGGGCCGCAAGGGUUGGUAGCGCGUUGAGAAGUCUUUCCGAUGUGACACCUAACGAGCUGCACGAUGAACACUGCUACCGGGGAAAUGAAGACCACGAGGUGGCCGUGGCGCGGGGAAAGGAAUUCCUCACAAGCGUGUACGGCGAGAGCAGCGAAAGGGGCGCGAAGUCGAAGAAAGCGAGUCCGGACUAUGAUUUUAUCAUGCGAGAGCUCCUUUAUGCGCACGUCUUUUCAUUUCCGGAUAUCCUGCCUGUCUUUGAGACCAGCCAGAUCAUUGUCUCGGCGCUGCUGGCCAGCGACUGUCCACUUCAAGCCUCAGGCCACAUGCUGGGGAUGUUACGAAACGGAGCCACCAGAGAAGAGGUCUCUUACGUUCGUGAUAUCUGUGUGAAGAUGGUGGGUUACUGGGGAGUCAAAGCCUUUGCGCCAUUCGUCGACGUACCGACCUUUCGCUGA